AUGAAGCAGUUGCUGCACUUCACUGGUGAUGACAGCUUCACGCCGUUUUCGCUGUGCAUGUUCUUCGUUGUGUUCUACAUGUUCGCGUGUUGGACCUACGGUAUUGCUGUGCCAUCGGGUUUGUUCGUGCCCAGCUUACUCGCUGGCGCAGCCUAUGGUCGCAUUUGUGUGAUGUUCGUUCACUACCUCGACUUCCCUGUGGGCGCUCAGGAUGGUAUGUUCGCUCUAAUUGGUGCUGCCAGUAUGCUUGGUGGCAUGGCACGUAUGACUAUUUCGCUGACGGUGAUUAUCCUUGAGUGUACGGGCGUGAUCGAGUGGGGUCUUCCCAUUAUGGUGUCCCUUAUGGCUGCCCGUUGGGUUGGCAACAGUUUCAACGAGGGUCUGUACGACAUCCACAUUCACUUGAACCAUUUGCCAUUUCUUGAGUUCGAUCCGCCUUAUUACGCGCGUUUUCUGCGUGCCCUUAACGUCAUGAGCUCACCUCCAACGUGCGUACCGCAGAUUGCCAAGGUCGGUGAGAUUUACGAUGUGCUGAAGAAUUGUAAUCACGGUGGUUUUCCAGUGAUUGUGCCCCGGAGUCAGGAUGCUGCAGGUGGUGGGCAACAACCUAAUCUUAGCGCUAAACGAAGGUCUCCUCGCUUCUCAGGUAUAAUCAAUCGACACCAUUUGGCUGUGCUACUUCAGCGUAAGGACUUUUUUGUCGAGAAGCCAGAACCCUUUGUUCGCAUUCCUGCCGGUGACACAACGCUAUUGUACAAUGACCAGUACGCGCUUUCAUAUCGGGACAUGGAAGGCAGCUAUCCACGAUACCCAUCCGUCAGUGACAUUCAACUAGACGAGGAGGAGCGAGGUUUGUGGAUGGAUCUUACACCAUACAUGAAUACUACGCCGUACACUGUCCAGGAGCAGACUCCAGUACCGCGUGCUUUCCGUCUGUUUCGAUCAUUGGGACUACGUCAUCUCAUUGUGCUGAACCGGCGUAAUGAAGUGCGUGGACUGAUUACACGAAAAGACCUGACACCGGCGCAUCUCAAGUUUUGCCUUGAGGCACUGAGCGAAGCGGAGAAGCAGCGUAUUAAGGGUUAUUUCCAUCGCGAUCGCUGUGGGUCAGAGCGAUUUGAAGACGUGGAGAAGAAGCUGAUCAGGAUUAAUGACAACUGGUAA